UGGCUACGCUGUGCGCGGAGGCCGUGGGCGGAGCUGGACGGUCUGCGAGACGCCUGGUGGUAGCGUGACUGAUUUCUGCUGUCCGCUCAUCGUACAGCCAGAGAGACGCUUCGAAAGCCGGUGCAACGAUGUCCGACGAAGAGCAGCAAGAGCAGACCAUCGCCGAUGACUUGGUCGUGACCAAGUACAAGAUGGGCGGUGACAUCGCCAACCAGGCGUUGAGGGUCACCAUCGAUGCCGCCAAACCAGGAGUUUCAGUUCUCAGCCUCUGUGUGAAAGGAGAUGCUUUCAUCAUGGCAGAGACUGGGAAGAUCUUUAAGAAGGAGAAGGACAUGAAGAAAGGCAUUGCGUUCCCCACCAGUGUGUCAGUCAAUAACUGUGUCUGCCACUUCUCUCCCCUGAAGAGCGACCCAGACUACACGCUGAAAGAUGGAGAUUUGGUCAAAAUUGAUUUAGGAGUACAUGUUGACGGCUUCAUCUCCAACGUGGCCCAUAGCUUUGUUAUUGGAGCUACAAAGGAAGCACCUGUGACAGGAAGGAAAGCUGAUGUCAUCAAAGCAGCACACCUGUGUGCGGAAGCAGCUUUGCGUCUCGUCAAACCCGGCAACCAGAACACUCAAGUAACAGAGGCCUGGAAUAAGAUUGCUCAGUCAUUCAAGUGCAAUCCAAUUGAGGGUAUGCUGUCUCAUCAACUAAAGCAACAUGUUAUUGAUGGAGAAAAGACCAUUAUCCAGAACCCUACAGAUCAACAACGGAAGGACCAUGAGAAGGCAGAGUUUGAAGUUCAUGAAGUUUAUGCCGUGGAUGUGCUGAUCAGCACAGGAGAGGGGAAGGCGAGAGAUGGUGGCCAGAGGACAACCAUCUACAAAAGGGACCCCAGUAAGCAGUAUGGGCUGAAAAUGAAGACCUCAAGAAUGUUCUUUAGUGAGGUGGAGAGACGCUUUGACGCCAUGCCCUUCACUCUUAGGGCGUUUGAGGAUGAAGGAAAGGCUCGUUUGGGAGUGGUGGAGUGUGCCAAACAUGAGCUCCUGCAGCCUUUUAGUGUGCUGAACGAGAAAGAAGGUGAAUUUGUAGCUCAGUUUAAGUUCACAGUGCUGCUGAUGGCCAAUGGGCCCUUGAGAAUCACCACUGGACCACUUGAAGCGGAACUCUACAAGUCUGAAUAUGAUGUUCAAGAUCCUGAACUGAAGUCUCUGAUCCAGAGUUCUGCAAGUCGCAAAGCACAGAAGAAGAAGAAAAAGAAGGCCUCCAAAACUGCAGAGACUGCUACAGGACAACCAGCUGAGAAUGAAGUUGCAGCUAAAUAGAGGCGACACAACUCACCCUCUCACGAAACCACUCUCAAAAACAUCAGCAUUUCACUCUCGCCCUGUUUUAUCUUCUUCGCCAUCAAACAUUUGUUCAAGAGUCACUGUUAAAGCCUGUGUUUAAACAAUUUCUGCCUCCCUUGUUAUUGAGAAACAUGCCAUUAAUAUUUGGACUCCAAGCGAGUGCAACAAAUUUGUACUUUCAUAAUAAAUCUACUUACUCUUUUUGACGCACUCAAUUUACAUUUCAACUGGAACGCAAUGCCUUUUUCAAAAUGUAAUUAAAAAAGCUUCGCAAUUCUUUUUGGAGAGUUGCGUUUUUCACAACAUGUACCGCUGACUGUUUAAAAUGCUUGGUUUGGCCCAUAGGUUCAUUUGAAAUGGCAUUACAUUAGAUAAAGUGGUUUGGGAAAGACCGAAAAAUCGAUUUGCAGCUAUUUCUCAGGGUUCUGAAGAAAAAACAUCUCCCUUAUCUGAGAAGUAGUUUUGGACAAUUAGGAUCAAGAACACAUCCAUGGAGAAGUUGAUGACUUACGGGGCAUUAGAAUUGGAAUUCAGUGUAUGGAAUUCCUAAGCACUCCAUUGUUGUGAUACUAUAGCAUUUCAAAAAGGGGAACAUCAAGUUGUUUUGGUCACUUUAUUCCUGCCCAUUUUCUUUUUUCACAUUUUAAUUUGUCUAAUUAUCUUUUGUUGAUGCAGGGAGAUUUUCCAAACAAACUUUGUUGUAUUAAUUCAAGUUAAUAUUAGAAAGUCUGAUUUAUUAGGGAUUUGGUUAAAGGUCUGGUCCAAGAUACACUAAAGCUACUUCAACUCACUGAAAAGUUAUAACUUCCACUUGCCAAGGGCCAAAUACAUUAUCACUUUACCUUUUAUGAGCAAUAGUGUCUGUUUGACUGAAUAUUCAGAUCAAAACUAGGCUCGGACUGGAUUGAGAAGCUUUCCAGGUGUCAUUUUACAAUCCAGUCAGUGCAGUUAUUUCAGGAGAGGUGAUGGAAGUGGCUCUAGAGCAUUUCUGGAUUAGUCCUGUUAUUUGGGACUUAGUUGAGGCUGGCUCAAUAUAUCUUUUGAAAUGUUGGUUACUGUGACUUUUGUUCUGUUUCUAGAUUUGUGAAGGUUAUGUGGGAGAGGAGCCCGGAGGUUUGGUUUUGACACAAUCUUGUUUUUGUAGAACCAUCAUAUGGGACUAUUUUACAACUAAUGAAAUAAAACAUAACUUUUAUUAUA